CUGGGCUUGAUUCUGCGCUAUCACCACUAGUCACCUCUCCUCCAUAACAUAAAUUAUAUGCAUCCGCUCUGACGACAGAUACGACUCCCACGUUGUCCCCUCCCCUGCGUUUUCACACCCAUCCCCUCGGUCGCAAAACAGAAAGCCUUCCCCCUCUUGACAUCCAACUGGCUCACCGCCCGGCUCAGGUCUAUCAUUUCCAUACAAAUUCCUAGAUCAAUUGCCAAUAAGAGCCAGCUUAGAGGACUUCACUUCUCCUGCGGACGAUCGCACGGUAUACUGAUAAGAAAUCCACCUGCCUCGGUCGACGAGGCUACAGCAGUGCAUGCAGAGGGCCAGACUAGCUUGGAGGGACUGCGCACGAAACUGCCGUUGAUCAUGAGCCAGCUACUCACGGCGCGGCAGGCAGAGGAGCUACACAAAUCCAUUAUCGCCUAUCUUGCCUCGGUGAACCUAACUGAGAGUUCUGCUGCUCUGCGAGCGGAGCUAGGCGAUUCGGUUUCCAUUGACGAUGCGACGCUCAAGAAGUAUGAGGGGCUAUUAGAGAAGAAAUGGACCAGUGUGGUCCGCUUGCAGAAGAAGAUCAUGGACCUUGAGUCCCGAUGCGCGGCACUCCAGUCAGAACUAGACUCUGCAACGCCUACUUCACUAUUGCGAAAGAAUCAGGACCCUACAUCGUGGUUACCGCGAUCCCCUGCCCGCCAUAUACUCGAGGGCCACCGAGACCCUGUCACAUGUGUUGCGUUCCACCCGGUGUUUUCUUCCCUCGCAUCCGGCUCAGACGAUACGACGAUCAAAAUCUGGGAUUGGGAGCUCGGGGAACUAGAACGGACUGUCAAGGGGCACACCAAGGCGGUGCUAGACGUCGAUUAUGGUGGGCCCCGCGGCGGAACACUUCUGGCGUCUUGUUCAUCUGAUCUAACAAUCAAGCUAUGGGAUCCAUCUGAUAACUACAAGAACAUAAGAACCUUGCCAGGUCAUGAUCACAGUGUCUCCUCGGUGAGAUUCAUCCCAUCUGGCGCGGCAGGCUCGCCUAUGUCGGGGAACCUAUUGGUCUCCGCAUCACGAGAUAAGACUUUGCGGAUAUGGGAUGUAACGACCGGAUAUUGUGUGAAGACAUUGUCAGGACAUGUGGACUGGGUACGAGCCGUUGCGCCAUCUCUCGACGGCAGGUUCCUCUUUGCUGCGGGCGAUGACCGGAUUCCUCGCUUGUGGGAUCUAUCAUCUGCGGAAACCAAAUCGACAUUCCUCGGGCACGAACAUGUCAUUGAAUGUGUUGCUAUUGCUCCUGCUGCCAGCUAUCCACAUCUCGCGGUUCUUUCCGGCUUGAAGAAACCGCCGCCGGCUUCCUCGUCAGCUGAAUUUUUCGCCACUGGGUCUCGGGACAAAACUAUCCGGCUAUGGGAUUCACGGGGCAAUCUUUUUAAAACGCUUGUGGGCCAUGAUAACUGGGUUCGUGCGCUCGCUUUUCAUCCAGGCGGUAAACAUCUUCUGUCGGUUGCAGACGACAAGACUAUCCGCUGCUGGGAUUUGACCCAGGAAUGCAAGUGCGUCAGGGUCAUCUCUGAUGCCCACGGACAUUUUGUCACAUGCCUCCGAUGGGCACCACCAUUAAUCAAAGAUGGGGGAGCCAAUGGAGAAUCAGAGACCAAUGGAGCACCGGCGGCCACCGCGACAACGAAUGGUGUUAGACCAGAUCCCAACGCGGCCAACAAGAUCUCGAUCAGAUGUGUCAUUGCCACCGGCAGUGUCGACCGGAAAGUACGAAUCUUCGCGACCUGACGACGCGGACUGAUCAGUGUCGUUCUUCAAACAACGUUUAAGUCGCACCAGAAGAUGCAUGCAUACGAAGACGAAGAAGCAAACUAAUCGACGUCGUUCAAUUGGAAUGAAAUCUAAGUGAACAUGGCUCGCUCACUAUUAUGGGCAUGGAGUUGGUUUCCAUUCUGUGAUACCAGUAUAUUUUAGGUGGAAGCAAGGUCUGAUUUCCUGUGGGCUAGAAAGCUGUACUACCCUUAUUACCUUCUGUAUUGUCUUUAAUCCUGCCAGUUUUGGGGGUUGUUGCAUGGACGGAUUCUCCUUGGUUCAAACCUGCGUCUUUCCUCGUAGAUAUUUACGGCCUUUUUCUUUCUUUCUUGUUGAUUGAGAUUCAAGAUACCUUUCUGCUGUGACUGUUCUAUACUGUUGAAUGCAUUUUCAAUCAAUACAUGGCGCCUAC